CAAGAUCCCUUCUACGUUGUAAAAGAGGAAGUGGUUCAGAGCGUGAAUGGUGCGCGCACGUUGUACGGGCGAUGGCAGGAGCUACUCGACACGACCAACACAGCGGAGGACGAGGAGUUCAAGUGGACUACCCACGAACUCAAGCGGGGCAAUCGGGCCAAGUUUCGGAUGAACGAGCAGGAGGUGGCCGACCGACGCAAGUUCGUUACCGACACCCGCGCGACGGUGGCCCAGAUGAAGAAGGACAUCGACAACCCCGUCACCCGGGCCAAGGUCGAGCGCGACCAACGCUCGUCGUUGAUUCCGACGACGAUGGGCACACCGCGAACAUCGAGGGAGAAGCUGGAGGCGGCCAUACGCGACGACAACGAGGCGUUCAUCCAAGCCCAGCAGGUCAGACAAACCCAAAUGCGCCAAGAGGAGGAAGAGCACCUGGAUCACCUGGAAAAGGGUCUGGGCAAGCUCAGCGAGAUGUCCCUCACCAUUCACGAGGAGCUCGAAGACCAGGACGAGCUGCUGGACAAGUUUCAGAAUGAAGUGGCGUCCACAACCAACCGCGUGUCGGCCGGCAUCAAGAAGAUCAGCGAACUCAUCGAUCGUUCCAGCAGUACGCUUCGCCUCUCCCCUUCCUUCACGAACGUCAUGGCUCAUCAUCAUGGGCCUGGUCGGCAUCAUCCUCUUCCUUUUGUUCGUGGUCUUCUUUUUGUGAUUAAUUUGAUUUUUUUGUCUUUUUCCUCCCACACGUGA